AUGGUUAUGGUGGCACAGGCGGGAUUUCAGUCUAAUUGGCGUGUUGGGGGAGCCCGGGAGGAUGGAGGGUCCCGCGUUGGUUGGGUCAAACGCAGUGAGGAGGAGGAAAACACAGACUCAUCCAUCAACCUGCAAACCCCGGAGUCCACGGCGCACGCCACCGUCCCAGUAGGUGAGAGCAGAACGAUGAGGACCACAGUGGCUCUGCUGCUGCUGCUCUGUCUCUGUGAUGUCACACACUGCGACUGUCACAGCGACUGCCUGACCUGCGACAGCGUCCUGCCCAGACGCACACGCUUCAACACCAUGGUUUGUCUCAUCGAGUGCGAAGGCAACGUCUCUCCGGCCUUUUCAUGGGACUUUUGUCAAAAGGCGCUGCUCUCUCCGUUAGACGCUCUGAAAGGUUUGCAGAGAAAGAGGUCUGAGGAAGAGGUGGAGUCCCUCAUUCCCGACGAAGAGCAGCCUCCGCACUCAGACCUGUUGUUACCCAUGUCCUUACAGCGCUUCGACCACGUGAUCCAGUCGUUCGGGAUGGACCAGAGCGACGUGGGUGACACUGCAUAUGACUCCCAGAAUGCUUUAUCUCUGGAGGACAAUAUGGGCAGCAUGGCAGGACCAGGCGAUGUAGAUCCAGGUGUGGCCACUAGGGGUCAGAGUGAUGCAGGUUUGAGCGUCACGAAGAGGUUUGGGGGCUUCGUAAAGGGGCGGCAUGGAUACAAGAAGAUCAUGACCCCGGGAAGGUCCUAUCAGAAGAGAUACGGCGGCUUCAUUGGCAUUCGGAAGUCGGCCCGCAAAUGGAACAAUCAAAAACGUUUCAGCGAGUUCCUGAAGCAGUAUCUCGAAAUGAGUUCCCGAGCGACCGAGUUCAACAGCGUGUCGGAGGACCUCGCCGCACAAAGUGAAAUCUAG